CUUAUAAAGCCAAGUCCUGUCUCUUUGGGAAGAAUUUGCGAGCAGUGAGACCGGGCUUUGGGUCAGAAACAGGAGGCCGAUGAGCCAAUGACUGUCUCCAUAAUUCUCCUCAAUGGUGUAUCAGUGUCCUGGGACACAGGCUGCUGAAGUUACUCUUCCUGCAGAAUUACAGUCCCAGUUGUGUCGUGUGAGCAUGCGUAUGACAACAAAGCAGACAUGUGGACGAAAGGCUGAGGCUCCAGGCUCCUAACUCCUCUCCGCACGAGUCAAUUAGAUUGCAAUCCCAGCUGAAAAGCUCCAAACAAAGCAUUCCUGUGUACACAGAGGAGAGAGAGAAGGAAGGAGAGAGAAAGAGGAAAGUAGAAAAAGAGAGAGAGAGCGGGAGAUCAGGAAAACAUUCAGCGCUCCUUUGUUUGGCAAAAGAAAAAGUUUUGAUUCAGUUUUUGGAUUCGACUCACUGAGGCAGGGCAGUACGGUAAAGCUGUCGUGUUGCCAUGGAGAUGGAAUACAUCCUACUGGAGAGAUGACAUCUGCCACACCUCCUUCCUCUCGUAGCUCCUCCCCUCAGAAGGUUUGCCAUUCCCAGACACAGACAGAUGUUUUAAAACCCUUACUGGGUGGUGGCAUAUCCGGUGGGGGCGGGACUCUGAGGAAGAGGAGGCGUGUCCUGUCCAAAGAUGGCCGUAGCAACGUGCGUAUCGAGCACGUCAGUGGGCGGAAUACUCUGUACAUGCGUGACCUCUGGACAACAUUUCUGGACAUGCAGUGGCGCUACAAGUUCUUCCUGUUCACGGCCACGUUUGCGGGGACCUGGUUCUUGUUUGGGGUACUGUGGUAUCUGGUGGCACUGGUGCAUGGAGACCUGCUUGAGUUCGACCCUCCAUCAAACCACACACCCUGUGUGCUGCAGAUGCAGACCUUGACGGGGGCUUUCCUCUUCUCCCUGGAAUCUCAGACAACCAUUGGUUAUGGUUUCCGCUGCAUCACUGAGGAAUGUCCAGCUGCCAUCAUCCUCCUCAUCGUCCAGCUCGUCAUCACCAUGCUGAUGGAGAUUUUCAUCACUGGUACCUUCCUGGCCAAGGUUGCUCGGCCAAAGAAGCGAGGUGAGACAGUGAAGUUCAGCCAACAUGCUGUGGUGUCGACCCACGAAGGCAGACCCUGCCUGAUGAUCAGGGUGGCCAACAUGCGCAAGAGUCUCCUGCUCGGGUGUCAGGUGACUGGAAAACUGCUCCAGACGUCCCUGACCAAGGAAGGGGAGACGGUUCGUUUGGACCAGAGGAACGUGCCCUUCCAAGUGGACACGUCCAGUGACAGCCCCUUCCUCAUCCUGCCCCUCACCUUCUACCACCUCAUCGAUGACAGCAGCCCCCUGCGAGCCUGGGCAGCCAAGGGUGGGGGCUGGACAGAUCCAGAGUUGGCAGACUUCGAGCUGCUGGUGAUCAUGAGUGCUACAGUUGAGCCGACCUCUGCCACCUGCCAGGUCCGCACCUCCUACCUGCCGGAUGAGAUUCUCUGGGGCUAUGAGUUCCCCCCUGUAGUCUCCCUUUCCCCAUCGGGCAAAUACGUAGCAGACUUCGCCUUCUUUGACAAAGUGGCCAAGACCAAGACUACGCCCAUCUUCAAACCACCCAGCCCCCAGCACGCGUACCAGAGCAACGGGGGUGCGACUGUGCCUGAGGUGUCUGAUCCAGAGAAGAUUCGUCUGGAGCAAAGCUACAGGGAGAGAGGGGAGGACCGUGGCCGGGUCAGAGACACUCCUCUCAGUGUUCGCAUCAGCAACGUAUAAACAGCUGGACUGGUUGAGAUUGGAGCAUUUCAUAGAGAGCAAUGCGCAGGACACUGCCAAGUUCAAUGUCAACAGCAAAUCAGUGAAACAUCAUGUCAACACAGCUCGGGAAACUGUCUUUUUAGACUGUUUUGAACUUAUAUCAGAAAGAUAUCUAGGUCCCAGUAGCACCAAAUGAUGCAGAAAGCAAAUAUGGAAGACUACAGACUACUGUUUGAUCAACUUCAAGUUUGUCAUUGUCAUACGUUUGCUGGGAUAAUACAUGUUUUACACAGGUUUAACUGUAUUCAUAUGACAGCAUAACACACUGCCUAACUGCAGCUACCAUGUGUACUUUGCAUCAUAUACUGUAUUCGCUUUUACAACUAAGAAAAUAACAGGUCGGAUUAUUUAUUUGCAGAGAAAAAAACAUAAAAAGAUACCAAACAAAACAAAACAAGCAGUGGAGAGUACGGAAACUUUGGUGGGUUUGUUUGGUUUCUCCCCAGAGAACGAAAUGUCAAAUCACAUCAAGAAAAACUUACACACAAAAGUGUGAGUCAAUGUGUGUACUUUCCAACGUCACAGGUAGAUGAGUAUGGGGGGUGGUAAGGUUAGAAUGGCAAGGGGUGCAGGAAACCCCCACAGACACUUUAGUAUAGAAGGAUUGAACCUUCUAUACUUCCUAUAAAACAAACAUGUGAUUAAUACACACAUAUUUAUAUGUCCAACACAUUUAAGGUCAUAUGACUUUGAGUUUAGCUUCUAUUAUGGUAAAAAAACACCAUGAGUAAUGCUAAGCCAGUUCUUCUAGAACUCACAAAAUCCCCACCCCCAACUUUUCACAACACUCUCAUGAAAUUUUUACAUUUCCUGUUGUAAAACAACAGAAGCACUGGAGUUAAAGACACAUAAACACAAUGUUACUUAUGUGUAUUGUACAUGGCAAUGCACUGUAAUGUGUUAGGUAAAGCACUUUGGAGAUUCUGUGACACUAAUGUAGCACUACAACUGGAAUGUAGACAAACUUUAAAUUGAAUAUACUGUGUUCAAGGUGCUCUGUAUACUGUAUCUCUUGAUGGUGUGGGCAUUUCUUGUUUUCUGUUAUAUAUGACUGUUACUGCGGUUUCAAAACAAAAAGUUAGCACUUUAUGUAAGUACAUGAUACAUAAGAUAUGUUUUUUAAUAUUACUUACACAUUGAAUAUCAUUGAAUUAGAGGCAGUUAGAACAAACUUUAAAACAGAUGCUUCCUUCCUACAAAGCUAAUUGGAAUUGCAGUUUCUGUGGCUUUAAGCCAACUGACUGAUACAAAUGAGAUAAAGUUUUUAAAUCAUCACAAACAGCUACUGUGCAUACAUGGAUGUAAAUGGCCAUCUGGUUAUUGUGGGUUGCAAAUGUUAUUGUAAACAUUGAGAAGGCUCUUUCUUUGUGAACUGGGAGCUUUCUGUACUUAAAUUGUUGGGUUACUAACAUUGUCAAAUUAGGAGCCCCUUUUAUUUUUCACUCUAGACGACAAGGACAUGAAGAAGACUUGUAAUAUGACUGCACCAGGCUACACCUGAGUGCUGAGGGAUGAGAAUGUGAAAGUGAUGUUGUAGUCACUGAUAAUGAUUCUAUUCAGAUGGAAAUGUGUGACAGUGAUGGUUAGACAUGACAGAUGAAGUAAGGACGAGUAUGAUGGAUCUGAAUAUGUAUUUGUAACAUUUCCUUAACUAACAUCAAGCUCUGGAAUGUUAAUAGUGUUUAAAGUGCAGAUAAGAUCAAAUGAGACAAUUCUCUCUAAAAAGGGAUUUAAUAAAGCUGAUUAUAAGUUAUUAAAGGCCA